UUCAAUUUGACUGGGUGGUUUUUGCUAAUUACUCCGUGCAACAAUUUCCAGAUUCAACUAAACUACAAUUCUUUAGAGAGUCUUCAAAUCACAAAUCUAAAGCUCAUCGUGAACCGUCCGAUCACCGCAACAACACGACGCCGUUUCCAUUCACAGGUUUCGUUUUUCGAAUCUCACGGAUCUGGAGGGGCAACGGUUUCGAUUAUGAGCGAUUGAAAUGUCUGAGAAUCAUAGCUCAGAGCAGGUUCUGGAAGUUUCUGGAGCUCAGAACAGCAACUUUCUUGACUCAAAUCCGGAUCGUGCAAUCCGGGCACCCGAAGAAGCUAACGGGUACUACGACCAUGACCGAGUCAAUCAGGAACCGGCGUUAUUGUCGGUGAUGGGUCGUGCUGAAAACGAUAAUGAUAAUGAUAAUGGGGUUUCGGAGGAGGAAGAGGGGGGUGAUUUUGUUGACUGCUCGGAAGAGUUGGUUUCUAGUGCUGAGAAGGAAGCAGCAGUUGUGGCAGUAGCGAGGGAAGAAUCGGGGGAUGAUGGGGUUCGAGGAAUCGAAAAUGGGGUGUUGAAUGGUUACGUGAUGGAUGAGCAGCCGGAACAACAACGACUGAGCAAUGCACAGGAAUACAAGGACGAAAGAGAGGCGUUUGCUAGGGAAGUUGCUGAGCUUCGUCACGGGCUUAAGGCUCUGAUUAAUCAUCAGCAGCCGUUGCUUGGUGAGAAUGAGAGUGGGGAAAAUGAUAAUAGCCCUUUGCUUGAAAUGAUAAAGGAAUGCUCGCUGUUUGUGAAAUUAGCUUCAGAGGACCGAUUGCAGGCUGAGGCGACAAUGAGAGAAAUUCAUGGUGUUGUUCUUAUGAAUGAACAAGAGAUUGGAGAUCUCAAUGCACGGGUUUCUGAGUUAUCAGUGUCGAAUGAUGCUGCGGCGUCUUAUAUGAGUUCGGUUCAGAAUUCUUUGGAAGUAUCGUUAGAAAAGGAUCGGCAUGUAGAGGAUGUGGCAAACAGGAUGUUAGCUUCUCUAGCAUCGGUAGGUUAUCAAGAAGAAUCAUUGGAGGAUUCUAUUAGUGGGAAAAUAAUUCAGGUUGAGAAAGGCAACUCUUUGUUGAUUGAGAAGUACAAUCAGAUUCUUUCUGAAAUUGAUCGACUUAGGCAAUGUUUGAACGAGACUGGGGUUGAUAUCAGGGUGCAAGAGGGUCAUGGGACAAUUUGUGUUGCUGCACGUGAUGAGUUACUUGAGCUGAAAAGAAAGGAGGAGGAUUUGACUGAUAAAGUCAGACAUCUAGAGGAUGAAAAUAGGAAAUUAGUGGAACAACUUGACGGGCAUAAAGAAAUGGUUGAGAAAGUGAAUGCAGAACUUGCAAACACAAAAAUAGAAGUUGAGCAGGAGAAGGUUAGGUGUGCUAAUACCAAAGAGAAGCUUACCAUGGCUGUGACAAAGGGAAAGGCAUUGGUGCAACAGAGAGACUCAUUGAAGCAUUCUCUAGCUGAUAAAACAAGUGAGCUUGAGAAAUGUUUGAUUGAAUUGCAAGAGAAGUCUAGCGCAUUGGAGUCUGCUGAACUAAGCAAGGAGGAAUUGGUCAAAAGUGAAAAUUUGAUUGCAUCUCUGCAGGAAACACUAUCAGAAAGGACUUCCGUUCUUGAAAAAAUUGAAGAAAUUAUGUCUGAGGCUGGUGUACCUGAGGAACUUCUUUCAAUGGAUAUUAGAGAGAGAUUUAGAUGGCUUGUGGAUGAGAGAAAUAUUCUAAAGGUUGUUUCACUGGAGUCUCAAAAAUUGAAAGAUGCUUUUUCCUCAUUUGAUCUACCAGAGACAGUUUCAUCAUCUGACUUGGAAGCUCGAGUGGGUUGGCUGAGGGAGUCAUUUUACCGGGCUAAAGAUGAUGUAAAUAGUUUGCAGGAUGAAAUUGCUAAAACAAGGGAAGCUGGCCUUAAUGAGAUUGACCGCUUAAGUGCUUCACUUUCAACAGCAUUACAGGAAAAGGAUUAUUUUGAAACAGAGUUGGCUGAUCUGAUGAGGAAAUAUGAAGAAAUUGUUGAAAAAGAACUUCAGGUUACAUUGGAGAAGGAUCACUUAAGUGCUUCACUUUCAACAGCAUUACAGGAAAAGGAUUAUCUUCAAACAGAGUUGGCUGAGCUGAUGAGCAAAUAUGAAGAGAUUGUUGUAAAAGAAUGUCAAGUUACACUGGAGAAGGACCACUUAAGUGCUUCUCUUUCAGCAGAACUACAGGAAAAGGAUUAUUUUCAAACAGAGUUGGCCAACCUGAUGGGAAAAUACAAAGAGAUUGUUGAAAAAGAGCAUCAAGUUUCAGUGGAGAGGGAUCAGAUAGUGAAAAUGUUGAUUGAGGUUUCUGGAACUGAAAUGGAAAAGGAAGAAGGGGUCUAUCAGACUUUCUCUGACAAUUCCAGUCUUGUUCACAGAUGUUUUGAGAAGAUAAAAGAACAGAGCAGUGCCAUUUUGGAUUCUUCCUAUGUUAAUGCAGAAUUGUUUGAAAGAGUACAAAGUCUCUUGUAUGUAAGGGAUCACGAAUUGAUGCUGUGUGAGAAAUUACUCGAAGAAGAGAUGAUGGUGAGAUCAGAGGAAAAAUUGAUGAAUGAGUUAAAGUUGGUUUCUGAAGAACUUGUAGCACUGAAAGAGGAAAAGAGCUCUCUAUGGAAGGAUCUUGAAAGAUCAGAAGAGAAGUCUACUUUGAUGGAUAAAUUGUCAAAUGAGUUAAAGUUGGUAUCUGAAGAACUUGUGGUGCUGAAAGAGGAAAAGAGCUCUCUACAUAAGGAUUUUGAAAGAUUGGAAGGGGAGUCUGCUUUGGUGGAAAAACUGUCGAGUGAGUUAAAGUUGGUAUCUGAAGAACUUGUAGCGCUGAAAGAGGAAAAGAGCUCUCUACAGAAUGAUGUUGAAAGAUCAGAAGAGAAGUCCACUUUGGUGGAAAAACUGUCGAAUGAGUUAAAAUUGGUAUCUGAAGAACUUGUAGUGCUGAAAGAGGAAAAUAGCUCUCUACAAAGGGAUCUUGAAAGAUUGGAAGAGAAGUCUGCUUUGGUGGAAAAACUGUCGAAUGAGUUAAAAUUGGUAUCUGAAGAACUUGUAGCGCUGAAAGAGGAAAAUAGCUCUCUACAAAGGGAUCUUGAAAGAUUGGAAGAGAAGUCUGCUUUGGUGGAAAAACUGUCGAAUGAGUUAAAGUUGUUAUCUGAAGAACUUGUAGCACUGAAAGAGGAAAAGAGUUCACUUCAUAAUGAUCUAGAAAGAUCGGAAGAGAAGUCUGCUUUGGUGGAAAAACUGUCGAAUGAGUUAAAAUUGGUAUAUGAAGAACUUGUAGCACUGAAAGAGGAAAAGAGCUCACUUCAGAAUGAUCUUGAAAGAUCAGAAGAGAAGUCCACUUCAGUGGAAAAACUGUCGAAUGAGUUAAAAUUGGUAUCUGAAGAACUUGUAGUGCUGAAAGAGGAAAAGAGCUCUCUACAGAAGGAUCUUGAAAGAUCGGAAGAGAAGUCUGCUUUGGUGGAAAAACUGUCAAAUGAGUUAAAGUUGGUAUCUGAAGAACUUGUAGAAUUGAAAGAGGAAAAGAGCUCUUUAUGGAAGGAUCUUGAAAGAUCAGAGGAGAAGUCCACUUUGGUGGAUAAAUUUUCAAAUGAGUUAAAGUUGGUAUCUGAAGAACUUGUAGCGCUGAAAGAGGAAAAGAGCUCUCUACAGAAGGAUCUUGAAAGAUUGGAAGAGAAGUCUACUUUGGUGGAAAAAGUGUCGAAUGAGUUAAAGUUGGUUUCUGAAGAACUUGUAGCACUGAAAGAGGAAAAGAGCUCUCUACAGAAGGAUCUUGAAAGAUCGGAAGAGAAGUCUGCAUUGGUGAGGGAGAAGUUAUCCAUGGCAGUUAAGAAAGGCAAGGGAUUGGUUCAAGAUCGGGAGAACUUGAAAAAGCUUCUGGAUGAAAAGAACUCAGAAAUUCAGAAGUUGAAGCUCGAGUUACAGCAGCAAGAAUCUGCAGUCAUUGACUGCAGAGAUCAGAUUAAAACAUUGUCUACUGACGUAGAGCACAUCCCAAAGUUGGAGGCUGAUCUUGCUGCGAUGAAAGAUCAACGUGAUCAACUUGAGCAAUUCUUAUUGGAGAGCAAUAAAAUUUUACAGAAAGUGGUUGAAUCUAUUGAUGGCAUCGUUCUUCCUGUUGAUACAGUUUUUGAUGAGCCCGUAGGAAAGGUGAAUUGGCUUUCUGGGUACAUUAAUGAAUGCCUGGAAGCUAAGACGCAUGUAGAGCAGGAGUUGGGUAAGGUGAAAGAGGAUGCGAAUACCUUGGUUAGUGAGUUAGCAGAAGCCCAAGCAACUGUGAAAUCACUGGAAGACGCAUUGUCAGUUGUGGAGAACAAUGUUACUCAACUAGCUGAAGAAAAGAGGGAAUUAGAAGUUGGAAAGACAAAUAUUGAACAAGAGUUACAGAAAGCAGUAGAAGAAGCUUGUUCCCAGACCAGCAAGUUUGUCGAGGCUUUUGCAACUAGGAAGUCACUUGAAGAGGCCUUAUCACUGGCAGAAAAUAAUAUAUCUGUGCUGUUCAGAGAGAAAGAAGAGGCUCAAGUAAGUAAAACUGCUGCAGAGAUGGAACUGGAGAAAGUGAAAGAAGAGGUUGCUAUUCAGACCAGCAAACUAACGGAGGCCUUCAAAACUAUAAAGUCACUUGAAGAUUCACUGUCUCAGGUAGAGACUAAUGUUGCUUUGCUGACUGAGCAAAAUAAUGAUGCACAAGUUGGUAGAACUAAUUUGGAGAAUGAGCUAAAAAAGCUGCAAGAGGAAGCGGGGUCCCAAGCUAACAAGCUGGCAGAUUCAUAUGCAACAAUAAAAUCGCUGGAAGAUGCGCUGUUGAGGGCAGAAGAUGAUAUUUCUGUACUUCAAGGUGAAAAGAAAAAUGCAGAAGAGGAACUAUUGUCACUUAAUUCCAAGUUAAAUGCAUGCAUGGAAGAGUUGGCUGGAACCAGUGGCAGUUUUGAAAGCAAAUCUAUAGAGCUUGCUGGACACCUUAAUGAUCUUCAAGUGAUUAUGAAAGAUGAGACUCUGUUAUCAAGGGUAAAAGAAUGCUUUGAGAAGAAAUUCGAGAGCUUGAGAAAAAUGGAUCUCAUUCUUAAAAACAUAAAGACCCAUUUUGUAGAAGUGGAUUUAGAAAAGCUGCAAAGUCACCAUGUCAUGGAGGAUGAUUUAAAUGUUAUGAACUCUUUCUCAGAUAGCCUCAACAAUAUUGUUGAUGUUGAAAUUGAUAACAGCUGGGUGAGUGCUGCAGAUGGUGACAAUAUUUCUUCACAAUUUAGAAAGACUGUGGAAGGGUUCCAGUCGAGAAACAAAAUUAUUUAUGAUAAAGUCGAAGGUUUUUCAUCUUUUAUAGAUGAGUGUAUCGCAGGUUUGUUGAGAAAAUUACAGGAAACACAGGAUGGUGUAGUAUUUGUACUUGAUCACAUUGAAUCUUUGAAACAAAAAUCAAAGAAUCUGGAAAUGAUUCAACAGGAACAGGAGACCACUAUAGCCAUGUUAGAAAAUGAUGUUGCGACUUUGUUGUCUGCUUGUGCUGAUGCUACGAGAGAACUGCAGAUUGAAGUGAAGAACAAUCUAUUGGAACUUAUCUCUGUUCCUGAGCUUGAGAAGUUGAACCAUACUUUGUCUUUAGAAAUGAGAGAGACUGAUGGAGAUGCCACAGUUGAGCAGCAACAAAGGCUUGAUGGCAACAAACAUGUUGAUGCUGCAAAUAAGUUGUUAUUGGCAACUAGAAAAUUUCAAUCUCUGGUUAAACAGUUUGAUAGCACAAGUAAUGUGGCAGCCGCUACAGUUGAAGAAUUGCAAAAUAAAUUGAAACAAAGUAGAAUAAGUCUUGAAAAUGCUAUUGAAGAAAGGGAUCUAAACCAAGAUAGAGUUUCCAAGCUAGAGAGUGAGGUAGAAGAAUUGCAAACUUCAUGCAGUGAGCUGAGGCUUAAACUAAAUGAUUCUCAUUCCAAAGAGGAAAAGUUAAAGGAAAGAGAGGCAGAAAUUUCCUCGCUGUCCAAUACUUUGUUAAUGAAAGAAAAAGAGGCAGAAGACUCCCUUCUGUCAGCAUCCCAAGUGAAAACACUCCUUGACAAAGUUGGAGGGAUUGAAAUCCCUAUGGCAGAGUCAGAAGUUGGAGACCUGGUGCCCCAUAAUUCUGCUCAUGUAAAGAAGCUCUUUUACAUUAUUGAUACUGUUACUGAGUUGCAGCAGCAAGUGAGGUUAUUGUCUCAUGACAAAGAAGAGCUGCAAUCAACAAUUACAACACAGAUUCUGGAAAUUGAGCAUCUGAAGGAGGAAGUUGAGGAACUUGUCAGGGACAGACAAGAUUCCGAAAAAGUGAAGGAUGAACUGUCUGAGCUCACUUUUGGUUUGGAGAAAAUUAUAGGUAUUUUAGGAGGUGAAUUGUUUGACCAAAAAUCUGCUGGUGUCAAGGGACUUCUGUCAGUAUUAGAAAAGCAGGUUGUGACCAUGCCUUUGGAAUUGGAAAAUUCAAAAUCAAAAGCUCAGGAGCUUGGCACAAAGUUGUCUGCAAGCCAAAAGGUUGUGGAUGAAUUGUCAAUCAAAGUUAAAGUUCUUGAAGACUCACUUCAAGAUAGGAGUGCUCAGACAGAGAUUGUUCAGGAAAGGAGCAUCUUUGAAGCUCCCUCAUUGCCUACAGGGUCCGAGAUAUCUGAAAUUGAAGAUGCGGGCUCACUUGGGCAGACUACAAAAUCUCCUGUCCCGCCAGCCACUGUUGCAAGAACUGUGCGAAAGGGUUCGGCUGAGCAUCUCGCAAUCAAUGUUGAUGUGGAAUCUGAACGUUUGAUCAACAAUGAGGGAAGUGAUGAGGACAAAGGUCAUGUAUUCAAGUCUCUGAACACGUCAGGUCUCAUUCCAAAACAAGGAAAGUUGAUUGCAGAUCGAGUUGAUGGAAUCUGGGUAUCCGGUGGUCGACUUUUGAUGAGUCGUCCCCAAGCAAGGCUAGGCCUUAUUGCCUAUUCACUCUUAUUGCAUAUAUGGCUGUUGGCAACGAUUUUGUGACGAAUUCUUUGAUCAUCUGUUCUCUGGAUCAUACCGCAACAAUAUUCUUAGUCUGCAAGUUGUAUCAUAGAUAAAUAACAUUUCUAUUUUUUUUCCCAUUCUUUUAUGGUCACGGUGGUUAACAUGUUCAUAUUUUACAUAUCACCAUAUUGAUUCUCUGAAAUCAUAUUUUUUUAGGGGUUCAGGGAAUACAUGCCUCUCUGCUUUUAGAGAGAUGUAUCACUUUAGUUACUUAAUAAGUCUUUUGUCCUGUUGGAAUUUUGAGCUAUAGUUUCAAGUUUGGUAGAUAAACAUGAAAUGUAAGUGGUGACACACCAUUUGUUCUA